AUGGCGCCGCAAUCUCUGUUCUCGCUAUCACCGAGAAUCACAACACCAUAUUCUUCCUCGCCGACCAAAAUCACAUCGGCUGCUCCUCCACUUCUGAACUCUUGCUCUCACUCCCUCUCUCUCUCCUUCCCUCGCCGCUCCACUGUACCUGGUAACCUGGCUUUCAGAUUCAACUCCAGCCCCUCUAGGAUAGCCUCCGUCCGCUGCGCGUUGUCUCCUGAGCUGAAGACUACGCUGGAUAAAGUUGUUACGUCGCAGAAAGUUGUUCUUUUUAUGAAGGGUACUAAGGAUUUUCCUCAGUGUGGAUUUUCAAACACUGUAGUGCAAAUAUUGAAUUCGUUGAGUGUCCCUUAUGAAACAAUUAACAUUCUGGAGAAUGAAGUUCUGCGUCAAGGAUUGAAGGAGUACUCUAAUUGGCCAACCUUUCCUCAACUUUAUAUAGAUGGAGAGUUUUUCGGUGGCUGUGAUAUCACUGUUGAUGCAUACAAGAGUGGAGAAUUGCAAGAAUUAUUGGAGAAAGCUAAGUGCCCGUGAAUCUCAGUUGUGGAAGAUUGGAAGGAUAGCUGGUUUAUAGUUGGAUUUGCAUUUGUAGCAGCGGACUUCAACUGCCUGUGUUAUAGGGGUUUGCCUUGCCUACUGCUGAGAAUCCCCCAAAAUAAUAUGCUGAAACAAAUGGCUCUUAAUGUGCAAGGGGGAACUCUAUCCAAAGGCGCUUAAAAUUUCAUUUCAAAGGUACAUUAAUAAAACAAUUAACACUUUGGUACAUCUCUUUGAAAUUAUAUCUGCAUGUGAAUGAGAAUCAACUUAAUUUUUAUAUUUGCUAGUAUUAUCA